AUUGCUUGAUGCCAAUUCACAAUCGGUGUGCAGACAAACAUGGACUCCGCUACCUUUCGAGCGAGGUUUAUUGCACCAAUAGUCCUCUCGCUGCUAUCGGCAUGCAAUAAGCACCGAUGCCUAGCGUUCGUUUCUCCGCGACUCGCAUCUGGGGUGCUGUCAUCAUGGGAUGAUGUACCGAGUGCGGUUGCCUCUCCGUCGUCUCUGCUCUGCCGAGGAAUCUCUUUCCCAACACGGCAUCAACGGCGACAGCGUUCGUUACUGCGCACGGCUGCUGAAGGUGAUGAUGGUGGGGCGGGGGGCAAUGGUGGGAGUGGGGGUGGGGAUGCAAAAGCAGGAACAGGAGCAGGAGCGGGCAUGGGUUUGGACGGAGAGUGGCAGGUCAAAUCAGGGGAGGGCAAGAGGGCGAGGCGGGGGGCGGGUAGCGAUGGCUUUGGUUCCGUGCCGGGGCAGCUUCCGGAGAAGACGCGGGACGGGCAAGACUGGGCAGAGUGGGCGAGGGAAUGGCGCGAGGACCCUGACGGCAAGGCCGACCGACUAGUGAGCCAGUGGGAUGCCGAAGCCAAGGCGAAUGAGGGUGGAGGCUCACAGGACGGGAGAUCCAAGAAGCGCAAGGCUAAGAAAAAGAAGAAGGGCAAAGCCGGCCCGUCGCGUGGAGUGGUCGGCAGUGGCUUCGGUGGUCCCGUGCGGCAGACGAAGAGCGUCCCGAAGGGGCUGGUGGUGUCUGAGACGGGAGGGGGCAAGGGGGACGUCGUGGAUUGGAGCAAGGGCCAACAGCUCAGGGAGACGGAUCGCAAGGAAAACAUGGUGGCCGACUGGCAGCAGAACGCCAAGAAUUUGGAAAGCCUAGACCCGUCUGACAGAGAAAAACUCGCCGAGCAGCUCCGAACGGCACUGGGCAAGAAGAAGCAUAAGCAGGAAAAGAAAACGAAAGCGAAACCAAGUGAUCGUGGCGAAAGCAAAGGCUUUUCCACGACCGCUACCACGACGGGGGGUGCGGAUACAGCGGCGAUCAAAGGUCGGGGUGACGGUCGUGGGGCCUUGGCUUCCGCUGCCGCUGCUGCCGGCGCCUUGGCGGCGGAAGAUGUUGCGGGUGUCUCCGUCUUUCCUUCGGCGGCCGAGGGCAGCAACGGGGCCAUGGAACAACUUGGUUCUGACGGGGAGUGUGAGGGUGGCGAGAGCAAAGGGGCAGAAGGAAAGAGCGUGUCGGCCGGUGGUGGUGGCGAAGGUCGGGGAAAGGCAGAACCGUUGUUGGUGGACGCGGGCGUCGAGGGCGACCCCGGAAAGACAACCGUUGCCGGCAGCAGUGGCGGCGUCCUGGUGCUCCCGGUCGCUGGUGCAGCCGUUGAGGGAAGCGAUUCACCUCUGGAUGGACAACAGUUAGCCUCGCCCGGGGCAGACGGAAUCGAGAAAAAUAGCGAUGGUGUUACCCUGGAGAGGGUGAUGGGCUUCGGAAAAGGUGUGGCGGUUGUCGAGGCUGCUACCGAUGAUGGCGUUUGUAACGACGCUGGGGGUGUGUCUGCGGUCGGCUCUACGGGAGAGUCAUCAAGAGAUCCCUCAGACGAGGGCGAACUCUCACGGGCCUUGAGUUUCGGGAAAGGGAUUUCUCUGCCUUCGGAGGAGGAAGCGGCAGAGGGUGAUGAUGGCGAGAAGAAAACGCCAGUUGCAGCGAGCGAAACGCCAGGGAGUGGUGGCGAGGAUGACCGACUACUGCGUGGCUUCGGGAGGGGGGUAGCCUUUCCUGCGAAGCCUGAUGAUGGCGGAAUGUAGAACAUGACCAUUUCUGUGACGUGCGUGUGAUGUUGAACCGUCGGUGCUUGAUAGGCGUCGGAGGAGUGAGCAGCAUCAGUAAGGACAAAGCUUAUCGUAUGAUAUGCAGCAGAUGUGCGGUGUUUUCGUCAAGGGGUAGUUAGCUGGGAAUUAUCGGCAAUCUCCGACACACGCGGCCGAUGGACGGAAGCUGUCUCUACCGAUGAGUUACUAAAGUGUAUCGUUCUG